GGAUGGAGAGAGGAUGAAGGAUGGAGAGAGGAUGAGGGGUCGAGAGAGGAUGAAGGAUGGAGAGAGGAUGAGGGGUCGAGAGAGGAUGAAGGAUGGAGAGAGGAUGAGGGGUCGAGAGAGGAUGAAGGAUGGAGAGAGGAUGAGGGGUCGAGAGAGGAUGAAGGAUGGAGAGAGGAUGAGGGGUCGAGAGAGGAUGAAGGAUGGAGAGAGGAUGAGGG